AUGGCCGAAGAGAUUGAUACUUUGCAAUCCCCGCACUCGCGUUUGGGGAGGUCGUUUUCCGACGGCCCAGGUUCGAACGCAGCGGGUGGGUCUCGUCAUAUUACUCGACGAGACCCAGAACAUCAACGAUCAGCUGAGCACGAGGCUCCCAACUGUCCAAGGCCAGUGGGUAGCCACGCCAGCGGACGAGGUAACUCGUCCGGACGCCUUUCACAUCGCGGUGGUUCAAAAUAUACUCCACUAGGAAGCGUUGACCACCGCCAGAGUCCACAAAAGGAUGUGGUGGUGGCGGGAACACCUGAUUUGGCUCGAGGGUCGGAUCAUCUUGAUGCUCAGGAACUAAAUCGUGUAACGGAACAUUUACACGAUGACCUGGUCAUGGACGGACUUGGCGUUAUGAGCUCCAUGAACUUGUAA